AUGCACGCAUUUACACUCUUCACUCAACUUGCAUGUCUUUACUUCACAGCACUCGGGUCUCGUCUUAACGCCUGCAAGGCCACCAACGCUUCCAUGCCCACCAUUCUGCACAACGGCCGCGUCUUCAUCGCGGCCGACGGCGCAACGCCGGACCACUUUGUCAACACCGUCGUCCUCGACGCGGGCACUGGCAAAAUCACCCAUGUCGGCAACGAAUCCGACGCCGCCGUCGUCGCCGCUAAAGCUGCGCCCGGCGCCGUCCUCCACGACGCCCAGGGUCGCGUCGGGCUGCCCGGCUUCGUCGACGGCCACAUGCACCUGCGCGACACGGGCACCUCGCUGCAGAAGCUCAACGUGCGCAGCUGCAAGAACCUCGGCGAGAUCCAGGCCGCGGUGCGCGCCUGGGCGGCCCAGCACCCGGACCUGCCGCGGCUGCUGUGCUCGGGCUGGUUCCACCCGUCGACCGACGGCGACGAGCUCGCGACGCAGCUCGACGGGCUCGACGUGGCGGGCAAAGACCGCCCCGUGUACCUCGACGCCGACGACAUGCACUCGUCGUGGCUCAACACGGCCGCGCUCGUGGAGGUGGGCGCCGCGGACAUGCAGGAUCCCCCCGGCGGGCACAUCCGCCGCGGCGCCGACGGCAGGCCGAGCGGCAUCAUGGAGGAGGGCGCCGCGUCGACGAUUGUCUGGCCGUUUCUCGCGGGCAAGCUGACGGCCGAGGAGAAGCAGCAGCACAUCCAGGCCGCGUUUGACGCCUACGUCGGCGCCGGCUACACGGGCCUCGUCGAGAUGGCCAUGGGCGAGGACGACUGGGCGUCCAUCCAGCGGUACCGCGAGGCGCACGGCGAGGUGCCCGUCUGGGUGGCCGCGCACUGGCUCGUCGCGCCCCAGAACUCGUCCGCGGAGACGCUGGCGCAGGUCGACCGCGCGAUCGAGCUGCACCGACAGUUCAACAGCGCGACCAGCCCGCAGUGCCGCAUCGCCGGCAUCAAGAUUGUGUGCGACGGCGUCGUCGACGCCUGCACCGCCGCGCUGCAGCAGCCGUAUUCACACAACAACCAGACCGUGGCGCCCAUGUGGACGCUCGACACGCUCGCGCCGGUGCUGCGGCGCGCCGACGCCGCAGGGCUGCAGAUUGCGCUGCACGCCAUCGGCGACGCGGCCAUCAAGCUCGCGCUCGACGGGCUCGAGGCCGUCGGCAACCCGGCCGGCCGGCACCGCAUCGAGCACCUCGAGACGACGGCGCCCGAGGACGUGCCGCGGCUCGGCGCGCUGGGCGUCACCGCGAGCGUGCAGGCCGUGCACCUCGACCCGGCGGGCAUGACGGCGUGGGAGCGGCUGCUCGGCAAGGCGCGCUGCGGGCACGUGUUCCCCUACGCGGCGCUCGCGGCGCACGGCGCGCCGCUGGCGCUGGGCACCGACUCGCCGACGGCGCCGCUCGACGCGCUGGCGAAUUUGUACAUUGCGACGACGCGCCGCUCCGCGUUUGACAGGAACCUGACGACGCAGACGACGCCGCAGUACGCGCUGUCGCUGGCGGCGGCCGUGGCGGCGGCGACGCGCGGGUCGGCGCGGAGCUGCUUCGCCGAGAAGAGGGUCGGGCAGCUGAGGGCGGGCUGGGAGGCGAACCUGGUGCUGGUGAAUAUGGAGUGGAACGCGGACAUGCUGCUGGAUGCAAAGGUGGCGGAGACGUGGAUCAAGGGGAAGAAGGUGUAUGCGGCUGCGUGA